AUGGCGCAAGCGGGAUACUCCAAUCCGCUCAAGAAGUUCAAGUUGGUGUUUCUUGGAGAACAGAGUGUUGGGAAAACGUCCCUAAUAACGCGGUUCAUGUAUGAUUCGUUCGACAACACAUAUCAAGCUACAAUCGGUAUCGACUUCCUGUCCAAGACCAUGUACCUCGAAGACCGAACCGUAAGGCUUCAAUUAUGGGACACUGCUGGCCAAGAACGAUUCCGCAGUCUCAUCCCCUCCUACAUUAGAGACUCAAGUGUGGCGGUGGUUGUAUACGACAUCACAAACAAGAAGACAUUCGAAAAUACGCGCAAGUGGGUAGACGACGUGCGCGGGGAGCGAGGAAACGACGUCAUUAUUGUACUGGUCGGUAACAAGACUGAUCUGAACGAUAAGCGAGAGGUCACGACCGCACAGGGAGAAGAGGAGGCCAAGAAGAACAACCUCAUGUUCAUCGAGACAAGCGCAAAAGUCGGUCAUAACGUAAAGAACCUGUUCCGGAGAAUUGCGCAAGCGCUGCCGGGUAUGGAAGGUGAAGGACAACAGGGCCAGAGUCAGAUGAUUGAUGUGAAUAUCAACCCAAGCCAGCCAACAGAUAAUUCGAGCUGUAGCUGUUAG